AUGUUAUACCUUAUAGGACUUGGAUUAUCACAUGAAUCAGAUAUAACAGUAAGAGGCUUGGAGACAGUUAAAAAAUGUUCAAGAGUAUAUUUAGAAGCAUAUACAUCAAUAUUAAUGACUGCAAAUCAAGAAACUUUAGAAAAUUAUUAUGGUAGAGAAAUUAUAUUAGCGGAUAGAGAAUUAGUUGAAACUGGAAGUGAUGACAUCCUAAGAAAUGCAGAUAAGGAAGAUAUUGCAUUUUUAGUUGUUGGUGAUCCAUUUGGUGCAACAACACAUACUGAUUUAGUUAUUCGAGCUCGAGAAUUAGGAAUCAAAAUAGAAACUAUACAUAAUGCAUCAGUAAUGAAUGCAGUAGGAGCAUGUGGAUUACAAUUAUAUCAAUUUGGACAAACUAUUUCAUUAGUGUUUUUUACAGAUUCUUGGAAACCUGAUUCAUUUUAUAAUAAAAUUAUGGAAAAUAGAAAAAUUGGAUUACAUACUUUAAUAUUAUUAGAUAUAAAAGUUAAAGAACAAAGUAUUGAAAAUAUGGCAAGAGGUAAAUUAAUUUAUGAACCUCCAAGAUAUAUGAAUAUUCAAACUGCUUGUAAACAAUUAAUUGAAAUUGAAAAUAUAAGAAAUGAAAAAGCAUAUACUGAAAAUACUCCUUGUAUUGCUGUACUGAGAUUAGGUUCACCAACUCAAAAAUUUAAAGCAGGUACUUUAAAACAAUUAAGUGAAUAUGAUUCAGGUGAACCUUUACAUACUUUAGUUAUGUUGGGUAGACAAGUUCAUGAUUUAGAAUUAGAAUAUUUAUAUGAAUUUGUUGAUGAUAAAGAAGAAUUUAAAAAAUUUGUACAAGAAGAUCAAGAAUGGUUUAAACCACCACCUUAUGUCCCAGAAGAUGAAAAUUUAAGUGAUUGA